AUGCAAAUUUUCGUGAAAACACUGACUGGUAAGACUAUCACCCUCGAGGUUGAAGCUUCCGACACUAUCGAAAAUGUGAAGGCCAAAAUCCAAGAUAAGGAAGGUAUUCCACCUGAUCAGCAGCGCCUAAUUUUUGCUGGAUGGGAUCAGUUUGAGUUUUUUGUAAAACGUAUUUCAGGCAAGCAGUUGGAAGAUGGGCGUACUCUCUCUGACUAUAACAUCCAGAAAGAGUCUACUUUACACUUGGUGCUCAGACUACGUGGUGGGAUGCAAAUCUUUGUCAAAACACUGACCGGCAAAACUAUAACGUUGGAAGUGGAAGCUUCUGAUACCAUUGAGAAUGUAAAAGCUAAGAUUCAGGAUAAGGAAGGCAUUCCACCGGAUCAGCAACGCCUAAUCUUUGCUGGUUUGCUCGCUUUAUCUAUUUACGAAAUAUUCAUGCAUGAGAAGACAGCAUUGUAUAUUGUUAGUAAAGGCAGAAUGCCGAUUUUUAUCAAAACGCCAAGGAAUAGGACUGUCACUCUGAAAAUAACGGUAAUGUGUGUGCCUAAAUGUUACUAUUAUUUAGGAAAACAGUUGGAAGAUGGUCGUACGUUGUCAGACUACAAUAUACAAAAAGAGUCUACGCUCCAUUUGGUGCUUAGAUUACGUGGUGGUAUGCAAAUAUUUGUAAAGACUCUGACUGGUAAAACGAUCACCUUGGAAGUUGAGGCUUCUGACACUAUCGAAAAUGUUAAAGCAAAGAUUCAAGACAAGGAAGGAAUUCCGCCGGACCAGCAGCGACUUAUUUUUGCCGGUACUAAGUGCUGGCAGUCAUUAGAGAGCAACUUUUACUGGAUUAUAUGCAAGGUGUAUCCUCCAGUAUAUACUUUUUCUUUAGGAAAACAAUUGGAAGAUGGUAGAACAUUAUCUGAUUACAAUAUCCAAAAGGAGUCAACGUUGCAUCUCGUUCUCAGGCUCCGUGGCGGCAUGCAGAUUUUUGUGAAAACGUUGACUGGCAAAACUAUAACGUUGGAGGUUGAAGCAUCAGAUACAAUUGAAAAUGUGAAGGCAAAAAUUCAGGACAAGGAAGGUAUUCCCCCUGACCAACAGCGUCUUAUUUUUGUUUUGUAUUCAGGAAAACAACUAGAGGAUGGUCGGACGCUUUCUGACUAUAAUAUCCAGAAGGAGUCAACGUUGCACCUCGUCCUUCGGCUUCGUGGUGGCAUGCAGAUAUUUGUCAAAACGCUGACUGGCAAGACGAUCACUUUGGAGGUAGAGGCUUCUGAUACGAUUGAAAAUGUCAAAGCCAAGAUUCAGGAUAAGGAGGGCAUCCCACCAGAUCAACAACGAUUGAUUUUUGCCGGAAAGCAGUUGGAAGAUGGCCGCACACUGUCUGACUACAAUAUUCAAAAAGAGUCCACACUUCAUUUGGUUCUCCGUCUUCGUGGUGGCUACUGA